UGUUCUCUUAGCAGGCACAGAGAGGUUUCAGUCCUCUGCUAAACUGCCAGACAAGAAUGGAUCGGAUCGAGCUGUUUUUCAUUUCUCUUGGUUCAGCAGUUAUCGUGUACUAUGGAGUGAAACUCCUGCUUUUUAGUAGAAUGCUUUUUCCAAAAUUGUGGUUUCCAUUGUCGAAAACCUUCUUCACAUCUAUGGGAGACUGGGCAGUGGUGACCGGUUCUUCAGAGGGCAUAGGAAGAGCAUACGCGUUUGCGCUGGCUGAGCAAGGAAUGAACGUUGUUAUCAUGAGCCGAACCAAAGCAGUACUGGAUCAGGUGGCAGAGGAAAUAAGUGGCACCACAGGACAGUGCGUGAAAACAAUAGCGACAGACUUCACUAAUGAAAAUGUCUUCAGUGAAAUUCAGGAGCAGCUUAAGGACCUCAACAUUGGGGUUUUAGUUAACAAUGUGGGCAUUCUGCCCAGCUACAUCCCUUCUAAGUUCCUAGAGACUGAAGAGUUGGACAAGACAAUUACAAAAGUGAUAAAUUGCAAUGUGAAAAGCAUGGUCAAGAUGUGCAAAAUAAUCCUCCCAGGCAUGACGAACAGGGGAAAAGGAGUGAUUGUGAAUAUUUCAUCAGGAAUUGCGUCUAUUCCAUCCCCCCUGUUCACCCUUUAUGGUGCCUCAAAGGUUUUUGUGGAGAGGUUCUCUCAAGGCUUACAAGCAGAAUACAAAGAUAACGGUAUUCUUAUUCAGGCAGUGGCCCCAUUUGGGGUCUCGACUCGAAUGGCAGGUUACCAGAGAACAAACGCUGUGACUCUGUCACCGGAAGACUUCGUGAAAAACUCUCUGCAGUACCUCCAAGCUGGAGACAAAACUUACGGCAGUAUCUGCCACAUCAUUCUGGGCUGGUUACUACAGUCCAUUCCCCUCAAGGUCCUUCAUGCAGAGUCUGUGCUACAGUGUCUACAGAACUACGUUAAGAAGAAAAUGAGACAGCAGUCAGUUUCUGAACUAACUUCUGAAAAAAGUAACAAGGAAUAGGAAAUCAAUGUGAAAUUGUACUCGAAGGCUCACUGUGAAUAAACAGACAAUGAAUAUUGUAGCUUGGAAAACCAGUAUUAUGAAGAAAAGCUGUCACGUUCCAUCAGUUUUUUAAUGUUCAGAUGGACAUCUGUAUCUACAUGUAUAUCUAUCCACUACAAACAGUUAACGCAGGAACUUGUGAUACUGCUUUUUGAUUUGAAAAUUGUGUUUUAUUUUUUGUGCGUAUAUUAUCUAGAGAGUGGUUGAGUGGGGUUUAGCUAUGGCCGACCAAUGAUGAUUUUACUUAUAAACAUUGUCAUUAUAUUUUCUGUUUGUAUCUUAAUAAAGAUACUUAGAAGUAAUUAUGUAUGGUCAUUAAAAGUUUGAUAAAACAAUAAAACU